UUCCUGCGGAGGGCUCCUCCUGGGUCCUGCGCAGGAGACUCGUCCCCAGCCCGCCCGGCUUCACAGAGGGGGUCACUUCGGGACGGGAUGAGGCUGCCCAGGGCCCCUCCCCGAACAAAGGCCGGGUGGGAGGCGGCCUGUGUGUCCCACCCCGCCUCCCCCCAGCGCCGGGGGAGCGGCCGGCAGACGACGCGGCGGAGCGAGCAUGGCGGGGGCCGCGGGCGCGCUGUUGCCCCUGCUUCUGCAGCUCUGGAGCCUGGCGCCGGCCGUGGGUGCGAGCGCGGGAGGUGGGCUUACUGACACCCAUGACUCACAGCAGCAGGCUCCUGCCCACUCCUUGGUCCCUGCUGGGGGCCUGCAGGAGCAAUGGCGCCCCCUGGAGGAGAAACUGGGCUGGCUGGAGGCGGAGGUGACGGCGCUCAGACAGCAGAACAAGGACCUGCAGGCCAGAGUGAGGCUGCUGGAGGCCUGCGACUGCCGCCCGGCCCCUCCCCAGUGCUGGGGGCUCGGGCGCACCUGGCCUGAGGGUGCUCGCUGGGAGCCUGACCCUUGCACAGCCUGUGUCUGCCGGGAUGGGGCGGCGCGCUGCCACCCCCAGCCCCACGUGCCCCAGUGCCGUGGCUGCAGCCACAGUGGUCAGGCCUAUGGCAACGGGGAGACCUUCUCCCCCGAUGCCUGUACUACCUGCCUCUGCCUGGAAGGGGCCGUCACCUGUUCCCCGAAGCCGUGCCCAGGAGGCCCCUGUGCUGAGCCAGGACCAUGCUGCCCACACUGUGCACCAGGCUGCCCUGGGGACCGCAGGCCUGGGGAAACAUGGCAUCUGGACCCCUGUGUCACCUGCACCUGUCAGGCAGGGACCGAGCGGUGCCAGAGGACCUCAUGCCCAGAACUCAACUGUCUGGAGAGCUACACCCCACCUGGGGCGUGCUGCCCCGUGUGCCGGCCAGGCUGUGAGUACGAGGGCCAGCUGUAUGAGGAAGGGGCCAACUUCCUGUCCCACUCCAACCCUUGUCUCCAAUGCUCCUGCCUGAGGAGCCUGGUUCGCUGUGUGCCCGUGACGUGCCUGCCCAGCCCCUGUCCUGAGCCUGUCCUGAGGCCUGGGCACUGCUGCCCAACCUGCCAAGGCUGCACAGAGGACGGCACGUUCCGGGAACACGGCCAGGAGUGGUCGGCGCCAGGGGACCCCUGCCGCGUCUGCCGGUGCCUGGAGGGCCACAUCCAGUGCCACCAGCGAGAGUGCGCCAGCACGUGCCCAUACCCCGCACGCCCCCUCCCGGGCACCUGCUGCCCUGUGUGUGAUGGCUGCUUCCUAAAUGGGCGGGAGCACCGCAGCGGGGAGCCGGUGGGCUCCGCGGACCCCUGCGUGCACUGUCGCUGUGCUAACGGGAGUAUCCAGUGUGACCCUCUGCCUUGCCCGACCCUGCCCUGUGCACACCCAGGCAGGGUCCCCGGGCAGUGCUGCCCGGCCUGCGACGGCUGUGAGUACCAGGGACACCAGUAUCAGAGCCAGGAGACCUUCAGCCUCCAAGAGAGCGGCCACUGUGUCCGCUGCUCCUGCCAGGCUGGUGAGGUCUCCUGUGAGCAGCAGGAGUGCCCAGUUGCCCCCUGCGCCCUGCCUGCCUCCGGCCGCCAGCUCUGCCCAGCCUGUGUGCUCCACGGAGAGGAGUUUGCGGACGGUGUCCAGUGGGAGCCUGACGGCCAGCCCUGCACUGCGUGCUCCUGUCAAGAGGGGGUGCCCGUGUGUGGGGCUGUGCUGUGCCCCCCGGCCCCCUGCCAGCACCCCACCCAGCUCCCUGGUACCUGCUGCCCCAGCUGUGAGAGCUGUACCUACCACGGCCUCGUGUAUGCCAACGGGCAGAACUUCACCGAUGUAGAUAGCCCUUGCCAGGCCUGCCAUUGCGAGGACGGCACUGUCAGCUGCUCCUUGGUCACAUGCCCGCCCACGACCUGUGCCAGGCCCCAGCGUGGACCCGGCCAGUGCUGCCCCAGGUGCCCGGACUGCGCCCUGGAGAAUCAGGUGUUUGUGGAUGGUGAGAGUUUCUCUCACCCAGGGGACCCCUGCCAGGAGUGCCAGUGCCGGGAAGGCCAUGCCCACUGCCAGCCUCGCACCUGCCCCAGCGCUCCGUGCGCCCACCCGCUGCCCGGCACCUGCUGCCGGACCGACUGCAGUGGCUGUGCCUUCGGAGGCAAGGAGUACCCCGACGGUGCGGACUUCCCCCAUGCCACGGACCCCUGCCGCCUCUGCCGCUGCCGGGGCGGCACCGUGCAGUGCCUGGCCCGCCGCUGCCCGCCGCUGCCCUGCCCAGCGCCCGUCCUGCCGCCGGGAGAGUGCUGCCCGCAGUGCCCGGCCGCGCCCGCCGACUGCCCGCGGCCCGGGGGCGCGCUGCCCGCCCGCCACCUGGAGCGCUUCGUCCCGGCCGGCGAGCCCUGUGUCAGCUGCCUCUGCCUGGACGGCGCCGUGUCCUGCCAGCGGCCGCCCUGCCCGCCCGCGCCCUGCGCCCACCCGCGCCCGGGCCGCUGCUGCCCCUCCUGCGACGGCUGCCUGUUCCUUGGGAAGCAGUUUGCCAGCGGGGAGCGCUUCGCCUCGCCCACGGUCGCCUGCCACGUUUGCCUCUGCUGGGAGGGCGGCGUGAGCUGCGAGCCCAAGGCCUGCGCCCCUGCACCGUGCCCCUUCCCCGCCCGCGCCGGCUGCUGCCCGGCCUGCGAUGGCUGUGAGUACCUGGGGGUGUCCUACCUGAGCGGCCAGGACUUCUCGGAUCCCCGAGAGCCCUGCAACCUGUGUUCCUGCCUCGGAGGCUUCGUCAGCUGCCGCCGCCGGCCCUGUGAGCCCGUGGGCUGCAGCCACCCGCUCACGCCACCAGGGCACUGCUGCCCGACCUGCCAGGGGUGCCACUACCACGGGGUCACUGCUGCCCUGGGAGAGACCCUUCCUGACCCACUCGACCCCACCUGCUCCCUCUGCACCUGCCAGGACGGUUCUAUGCGCUGCCAGAAGAAGCCGUGUCCCCCUGCUGUCUGCCCCCACCCGUCUCCAGGACCCUGCUUCUGCCCCGUUUGCCACAGCUGCCUCUCCCAGGGCCGGGAGUACCAGGACGGGGAGGAAUUCCAGGGGCCUGCAGGCAGCUGUGAGCGGUGCCGGUGCCAGGCCGCCCGGGUCAGCUGUGUGUGGCUGCAGUGCCCGCCUCUGCCGUGCCCGCACCACGUCACGGAGCCGGGGAGCUGCUGCCCUCGCUGUAGAGGCUGCGUGGUUCAGGGGGAGGAGCACCCUGAAGGCAGUAGCUGGGUGCCCCCGGACAGCCCCUGCUCCACCUGCACGUGUCACCAAGGCAUCGUCACCUGCGCCCGUGUCCAGUGUGUCAGCUCCUGCGCCCAGCCCCAGCAGGGGCCCGGGGACUGCUGCCCUCAGUGCCCCGGCUGUGAGCACGAGGGCCGGAAGUAUGAGCCUGGGGAGAGCUUCCAGCCUGGGGUGGACCCCUGUGAAGUGUGCGGCUGUGAGCCGCAGCCUGAGGGGCCUCCCAGCCUUCGCUGUCACCGGCAGCAGUGUCCCAGCCUGGUGGGCUGCCCCCCCAGCCAGCUCCUGCCCCCUGGGCCCCAGGACUGCUGCCCUACGUGUGCCCAGGCGCUGAGUAACUGCACAGAAGGGCUGCUCGGGUCUGAGCUGACCCCCCCAGACCCUUGCUAUACCUGCCAAUGCCGGGACCUGACGUGGCUCUGCAUGCGCCGGGUCUGUCCUGAGCUCAGCUGUCCCCUGUUGGAGCGCCACACCCCCCCGGGGAGCUGCUGUCCCAUGUGCCAGGACUGCGUGGUGGAGGCUGGUACCCGGAGGGUGGCAGAUGGAGAGAGCUGGCGGGACCCCAGCCACGCCUGCGUCACCUGCACCUGCCAGCGGGGCCACGUGGAGUGCCACCUGGAGGAGUGCCAGGCCCUCUCCUGUCCCCCGGGCUGGACCAAAGUGCUGGAGGCCGGCAGCUGCUGUGAGCGAUGCCAAGCCCCGCCCCAGUCCUGCAUGUACCAGGGCCUCCAGGUGGCCUCCGGGGAGCGCUGGGCCGCGGACGCCUGCACCAGCUGCUUCUGCGUGGCCGGCACCGUGCGCUGCCAGAGCCAGCGCUGCCGGCCACUGUCGUGUGGCCCCGACGAGGCCCCCGCCCUGAGACCUGGCAGCUGCUGCCCGCGUUGCCUGCCGCGGCCCGCUUCCUGCAUGGCCUUCGGAGACCCGCACUACCGCACCUUCGACGGCCGCCUGCUGCACUUCCAGGGCAGCUGCAGCUACGUGCUGGCCAAGGACUGCCGCGGCGGCGACUUCAGCGUGCACGUGACCAACGACGACCGGGGCCGGAGCGGCGUGGCUUGGACGCAGGAGGUGGCGGUGCUGCUGGGAGGUGCGGCCGUGAGGCUGCUGCAGGGCGGAGCGGUCACGGUGGACGGGCGCGCGGUGGCCUUGCCCUUCCUGCAGGAGCCGCUGCUGUACGUGGAACUGCGGGGCCGCGCCGUGAUGCUGCACGCCCAGCCCGGGCUCAAGGGCUGCCACUCAGGGCUGGAGCUGCCCACCGUGCUGCUGCAGAUGGAGUGGAGCCGGCGGGCCCAGGAGCAGCUCCUGUGGGACUUGGAGCUGCUGACUGGGGCAGGGCUGGGCCUCUUCUGGCCUCAUCCAGCAAAGUUCUGCAAUCUGAGGAACCAGGCCCAGCGUGCAUGGAGCCAGGCCCGCGGUGGGGACGCGGAGCGGCUGGCCGGGAACUCCAUGAGCCAGAACCAUCAGCUCCCAGAAGGCCCACAGAGCCACAGAGGUGCAGCCUCGAACUCCUGCAGGGGGCAGGCGGCAGAUGCAGCCACAGCCCCAGCCCUGGGUCCAGUGAGGAGUGAUGCAGACCCCAGGUGCCAGAGCCCCGGAGAACCUGCAGAAGCCACGCCUGGUACAUUGGCAGGUUGCUUACAAGAGCUGAAGCCCACCACCAGCAGCAGUGACUGGGAGCUGGGGAACUCAGAGUUCAAGGACCUGUCGCAGAGAGAAGACAGCCACCCGGCAGAGCCCACAACCCGGGAGCCCCACCCAGCACCGUCCCAGGGCCCAGAGGGGAGAAGGCUCACGCAGGGACCCCCAGGGCCCCCGGGCCUGCCCUCCCAGGGCCCACUAGCGCCUCAGGAUGCCCCCAAGGGGCCGGGGGCAGACCUGGACAAAGUGGUGAAGAAGGACCUGCCCCUGAGUCAGAGGGAGGAGGCUGCUCAGAGUCUGAGGGGGGAGGCCUCCCGGGGUGAGGGCAGAGGGACUUGGCAAAGGCAAAGAGGAACUAGUGCCCAGGCCCCGCUAAGGGGGCCGUCCUCAGGAGAGGGGGGCGACGCUCCUGGCCAUCUGAGGAGCUUCUGCGCGUCCCCGGGAGAGCAGAACCCGCAGCCCCAGGGACGGGAGAGCCCAGGCCCCCAGUGUAGGGCCACCCAGCCGGCGCAGAGACGGCAGUCAGCACCAGCAGUGGCGGAGCCGGGGACCGCCCGCCCUCCCUUUCCGUCCCCGAGACCCCCGGCCGGGCAGCGGCUCCCGGUCCCAGGACCCACGACACUGGCUGCACCGGGCACUGCAGGCUCCGGGCCACAGCGACUCCCUCCUGCGGCUCUCCCGGGGCGAGACCCGCCGCCGGAGCAAGAGAUGGACGAGAGGAGGCUGCCAGGCGCCCUCGGGGGGCACAAGGACGGCCCCGAGGCCUCGCGCCUGGCACCCGCGGGAAGCGAGGGGGUGUCGGUGGGCGCGAGCGCAGCGCAGCAGGAAAUGGCCCUGCAGCGGCUGCUGGAGCUGCACGGCGCGGCCAGGAGGCGACGGCGGCGGGAGCGCGAGCAGCAGCGGCUCCGGGUGCGUCCUGAGCCGGGGCGGGGGUCGGGGCGCGGAGUGGGGCGGCCGCCCGGCUCACUGCAGCCUCCCCAGGUCCUGGAACGCCUCCGCCUCGCCAGGAACCGCCGCUGCCGGGUUCACCCGCUGGGGCUCCCGCUCAGCCGGACUCAGCUCCCACCGCAGGAGGACGCGGCCGGGCGGCGGCGCGCUCUGCGGGAGCAGCUGGAACAGGUGCACCGCGAGAGGACCUGGAGGCUGCGGGCCCUCAGGGCCAGGAACACUCAGAACUUUCAGGAACUACUGUGGGCCCCCGGCGCUGAGGAGGCUGCACCCGGAGAAUAGCGCUCCCCGUCCCCAGCCCCCUUUGGUCACUGCUGGGUCCUCUAGGGAAUGAUUAAGGGGAUGCGAGUUAAGGAAAAAGCA